AUGGUUUCUGUUAAUGAUCGAGUAUAUAUUGGAAAAGUGCAAGGAACAGUUAGAUUUGUAGGUUUAACACAUUUUUCAUCAGGUUUUUGGGUAGGAGUAGAGUUAGAUACACCAACAGGAAAGAAUGAUGGAUCAGUUCAAGGAGAGCGAUAUUUUGAAUGCAAAAAGAACUAUGGUGUGUUUGUUCGGCCUUAUGUAGUAAAGUCAGUUGCUCAGGAAGAUGAGCAAGAAUAUUUUGAUAAUAAAGAUGAAGCACAUGAAAUGAAAAGGAGCACGGUAUCAUCGCCUCAGAAAAUGGAUGUUUUUAAAUCACCUCGAGGAAUAGCACCAAUUUCUCGAAUACCAUGUAUUCAAUCUUCAAAAAUACAACAAAGACCUUUAAAUACUAAGUCAUCGUUCGAGAUGCUUAUUGCGUCUAGGAAUGUUAAAACUCCUGAUAGCCUGAGUGAAGUAUCUACGAUUGUAUCACGAGCAGCAACACCCAUACAUGGGUCUCCCAUUAAAUAUGCAGAUUUGGAAGGGAAUUUGGAAAAAACCAAAGAAGAUACAAAAGAUGUGGAUGAUAUAAGAAAGAAAGACAAAGAAAGAACUGUUUUAGAUUCAUUAGAAGACGAGAAAGCGUCUGCACAGUUUUAUCUAGCAAAGUUUGAAGCAAAUGAAGCUAAUUCAGUAGAUGAAUUAAAAAAGAAGCUAAAAAUUCUUGAUACAAAAAGAGCAGAGGAUAAAAAUAAGAUAAAGCAGUUAGAAGAUCAAUUACAGGAAAAAGAGUUUUUAGAAAAAGCUAAAAACAAACUUCAAAUAAAAGUCGUAUCUAUGCAGGAUGAAAUACGGAACUUAAAAUCUUUAUUAAGAAACAUAGAAAACGAAAAAGAAGAAUUAGAAAUGAAACUUAUCGAGACAUCUGAACUAUUAGAGACUACUGCUAUUGACAAAGAAAUGGCAGAGGAAAAAAUUGAAUUUUUGAAUUUUAAAUUAGAUUCUUUUGAAAAAGAAACGCAAAAGAAUAGUGUACAGGAGGACUCUGAAAAUAUUUCUGAUGAAAAACAAAAUGAGGAUGAAGGAUCUCUUAAAGAACAAAACAACUUAUUAAAGGAUGCGCUUAUUAAAUUACAUACUAUUACAAAUACUCAAGAGGUAGAAUUUAAAAACAAAAUAAAGCAUUAUGAAUUAGAAGUUGAUGGUCUUAAAAAAUAUAAAACACAAUACGAGAUUUUAAAAGAAAAACUUAAAGAAACCGAAGAUCUAAUUGAUGAUCUUAAGCAACAAGCAGAUAUUAGUUCAGCUGCAGAAGAAAUGCUAGAAGAAUUGACAGAAAAAAAUAUCUCUUUAAAAGAAAAAAUAGAUCAAAUGAAUAUAACUAUUCAAGAUUUAGAAUCUUUAAAAGAGCUUAAUGACGAAUUAGAGGAAAAUCGUUUAGAAAAUGAGAGACAAAUGAGGGAAGAAUUAGAAUAUAAAGAUUUUAUUAUACGUGAAAAUAUGAAUAAGUUGGACCAGUUAAAGAAAACUAAUUCUGAAUAUGAAUCUAUUAUUAUUAGAUUUAAGGAAUUGGUAGGAAAAUUACAAAGUGAAAUUGAGACUCUGAAGCUUGAGAAUCAAAAUACAAAAACAGAAAGCACUGAAUUGAAUAUUUGGACUAAAGAAGUUAUGAGCCUAAAUUUAAAAUUAAAGUCUUCAUCUGUUAAGUCUCAGUCUGAGAAAAUAGAAAGUGAACUUGAAAAACUUAAAGGUUUAGAUGCAUUAGAAAAACUUAAAAUUAUGAAGCUUUUCUUUCCCGAAUCUUAUUCUUCACAGGAUAGUCCGAUUAUGAUUUAUUUUAAAUGUAAAAGGAUUGCAAUGAAAUCUGUUCUUUUAUAUGAUAUUAUUAAUGAAAAAAUAUCAUAUAAUAUGAUUAUUAAAAACAAUGUAUUAGAAAUCAAUUCUUUUUUAGAAGAAAUAGAAAUAAAUAGAAAGCUCACAUGCUUAUCUGCAAUUGCUAAUAAUUUUACUCACUUUAUGAGUGCUUGCACUUUGUCUGAUUUUGAAACAAUUUCUUCUGCAUUUUCUAAAUUGGAUCUUCUAGAAAACACAUUAGAUAUAGAAAUAAGUAAUUUAAGAAAAGAUAAUUAUUCUGAAAAAAAGGUUCUUGGAGCUAUAGAAGAAUCUAUUUUAUUAUUUGGUAAUUUAUCUGAUAUAUAUAUAAAGUCUUUUGAUGGUGAGUUCAUGUCUAAAUUUGAAAUUGAAUUAUCAUUUUCUCUUAAUUAUAUUGAAAAUUUUUUAAAACAAGAAUCAAUACUUCAAAAUAUACUUCAAUCUGAUUUUAUGAAACAAAUUAUAAGAGAAGAUGACAUAAACAUUUCAAGAUUAAUGAAGCAGUUUGAAACAAUUACAUAUCAAGUUCAAAAAAAUAAAGUUAUACUAAAUAAAUUUCUUAAAAUAAUAGACUCAUUAAAAGAAAAUUCAUUAUCAAUAAAAGAAUCUCUUGUUUUUGAAUUUUUUAAUGUUAAAACUAUGGCAAAUUUUAUAGAUGAUACAAUGAGAAAGAAUUUAAUGUAUUUGAAUGAUAUAUUAAAUAAGUACUCUGAACGUACUGAAAUAUUUCUUUCUAGAGAAGAUAUAGAGUCAAAUUUAAAUUUUGAUAAUAUCUUUAAUAAUGUUGCUUCAAUAACUUCUAUUUUGUUAAAAUUAGAAAAAGAUAUUGAAAAUCCAUCAAAUUUGUUUCAAUCACCUCAAAUUAUUUCACCAUGGAAUUUGUAUUCUGAUGAAAUUAAAUUAAUAUCACAAAGAAAAAAUGAACUAGAACAAAGACUUAAAAAUCUUCAGGAUAAGAUUAAUCAAUAUGUCAUUGAUAUACGGCUUAAGGAUAAAAUAAUAGAAGAAGUUAAUAUAAAGACUCAACUUUUAAAUAAAAGAACUGCAGAUAUAAAACAACAUUCUGAGACUAUAAAAAUGCUCGAAACGCGUUUAAAUGAAUCAUUACUGAAAGAAAAACAAUACGAUGAAACUAUAGAGAAUCUUAAUACAAAAAUCAAAUCUAUGGAAAAAAUUAUAAACAAGUUUGAAAAUAAUAAAAAUUUUUCUGGUAUCAAUUUUGAGGAGAAUUACAUAAUUAAUAGUCAGUUAUUCCAAAAUAAGGUCCAGGAGUUUUCUAAUGAAAUUGAAUUUUUAAACAACUCUGUUCUAUAUUUGGCUGAGGAAGUCAAACUUAUAUCUAAUCAUAAAAUAAUUUUUGAUAGCUCAUGGUUAUCAGAGUCAUUACUUAAAUCGAAUGAUGAGCUUUCAAUAAAAAGAAAAAGAAGAGCAGCUGAAGUUAGAGUAUUACUUAAAUCUCUUAGAGCGUUUUCGUCUAGGACUAGUGUUAUUAAAUUGUCUUCUAAGAAAAACGGAUGGACAUCAGAGAUGAACACCCCUCGUUAUAAGCAUCUGAAGCAGCAAGAAGAAUAUCUUUCUUUAUGUGCUAAACGAGAUUCUUUAGUUUCAUUUUAUAGUCCCGCUUUACGUAAACUUUUCUAUAAUUCUACUAAAACACCACUAAUUCAUUGUACGGUUCAAAUCCCUUCAUAUGGAUUGAGUAAUAGUCAGCAAAAUAAUACUUCAUUUCAAAAUAUUGAAAUCAAUCAUUUUAAAGAAUUAGAGCGUAUUCAUUAUUCUGUCUUAAGACCUCUUCAAGUACGUUAA